ACCAAUAUAGAUUAAUAUGAUUCUGUAUAUCAGUAUUCUAUUUUUCAUCGAUCAUACAAUUGGAUUCAUCCAAUCGCCGGUACCGAAUGUACUUUUAUUGUUGACUGAUGAUCAGGACGUAGAGCUACAUGGCUUGCAUCCACUACAAAAAACUACAGAAUUUCUUACUGAGUAUGGUACUAAGUUUACGAAUGCAUAUACAAGCACACCACUCUGUUGUCCUGCGCGAGCAAGCCUAUUAACAGGUCAGUAUGCUCAUAACCAUCUGACUUUUAAUAAUUCGGUAAAUGGUGGUUGCAAUGGGCAUCAUUGGCGUACACUAUCUGAGCCACGUACAUUGCCAGUGUUGUUGCAAAAGCAUGGAUAUCAUACAUUUUUUGCUGGAAAGUAUUUAAAUCAGUAUAAAGGCGCUGAAGUUCCGCCAGGUUGGGAUACGUUUUAUGGCCUUCACGGAAACUCUCGCUACUAUAACUAUACAAUACGUGAAAAUAGAAGAAAUGUCAGCUAUGCGGAUAUUUAUUUAACUGAUAUGUUAAGAGACCGAACGGUAAAAUUUAUUCAUAAUGUGAGAAAAGGCCAGAAUCCCUUUUUUGCAAUGAUUUCACCCCCAGCCGCUCACGCGCCUUUCACUCCAGCACCGCGGCAUAAAGGUGUAUUUUCUCAUGUGCGAGCGUUACGUACUCCAAGCUUUAACGCUCCUAGUAAAGAUAAACAUUGGCUGGUUAGAACAGCCAAGCGUUUGCCGAAUACAACUGUGUUCACAGUUGAUAAGUAUUUCCAAAAACGCUGGGAAACCCUUCUCGCAGUUGAUGAAAUGAUGAUGGCCAUAAUAACAUUGCUUAAGAAAUAUCAAUGCCUCGAUAAUACUUACAUCAUUUACACUUCUGAUAAUGGUUAUCACUUGGGUCAGUUUGCACAGCCGUUUGAUAAACGACAACCUUAUGAGACUGACAUUAAGGUGCCAUUACUUAUUCGUGGACCAUAUGUACCUGGCAGUAUUUUAAUGAACUUCGCUGUUAGUUUGGUAGAUCUGAUGCCUACCAUUUUAGAAUGGGUCGGCUUAUCGGUCCCCAAUUAUGUUGACGGCCGCUCUUUUAAAGAUGAGUUGCUACAGCAGCAUCAGACGAAAAGACAAUCACAACAUCGAGUAUUGCUCGUUGAGUAUUGGGGUGAAGGAAAUGACGAAACAUAUAAUUCAGAGUGUCCAGGGAAGCAGACAGACCAUUUAGCGCAAUGUACGCUAGAUGCAGAUUGUCAUUGCCAAGAUGCGUGGAACAAUACAUACACGUGUAUUCGAGAUUUCCGGGAUAACCUGGAUCGCAUUUAUUGUGAGUUCUAUGAUACUGAGAAUUUUAUUGAGGCAUAUGACUUGAUCCAAGACCCCUAUCAAUUAGAGAAUAUCGGGUAUGAACUACUUCCAAGUGAUCGUACUUUAUACGGAUAUUUAAUAGGAAAUCUCACAAUAUGUGCAGGAAAAUCUUGUCAUAUUAACUAUUAAUUUUCUUUUCAUUAA